AUGGGAACCAUUCUCCAGCUCUUCAAUAAGUACAAAAGGAGCGACGAAUGCCAAUUUCGAGCGCUUGUUUGCAUGGCUCUGAACUCCCACAAGUUGGUGCCCUGGCUCAAGCUCGUGCUGCGGAGCCCUUUCAUUGUGCAAUAUAUGUAUCAGCCCUGGAGUUAUGUCGCCUCUACAGGUUUCGAUGACGCCCUCCAGUCCCUCAACAAGCUUUCCACAAUAGAAUUUGACCUGCCCUUCGAUGCCAAUGUCCGACGACUUCAGGAAAUUCAAGACGUCUUCUGA